GAUUAAGCUCAGGUAUAUAAACCAAAACACUCUCUAAUCAUAACAGAAUUUCAUUUCACCAAAAUUCAGAUCUAAAAACUCUCCAAUUCUCUCACAUUUUCUCAAGAACAUUCAAGAACACAUCACACAAAAACCACAAAAACUCUUCCAAUUCUUGAUGAAAUUCGGAAAUUCUUGUUGAUCCAAUCUUCAUUCCACUUCUUCUUCUACUGUUUUGACAAAGCAACUUCCAAAUCCUCAAGAUUCACAACUGUCCAAAGAAUGCUCAACAAUGGUGAAUUGGAAUUUCUCAUGAUUGGAGCAAAUUCGAGCUAGGCUAACACCUCCAUUCAUCUUCCCUAUCAUCAAGCUUGGACUGUUUUGAAGAAUCACAUCCAAAUUCAUCACGAAUCGCAACUGUCGGCAAACAAAGGUACUUUAGUUGCUCAGUUCCUUGUGAACUAUUGCUUUGCUUUGCUUAAGCAACUUGCAUAGAGGGACACUUUUGAUCGAGAUUCUGGUUGAGAGAUUUCUGUUCAAAUAUGAGGACCGGUUUGAAAGACAAUGUUGCCUACAGUUUCUUUGAUCCAGAGAUUGGUGUGCUCAAGGAUAUGGUAGCAUUGAUUACUCCUGACCAUGUGGGGAUGUUUAGAGAGUCAUACGGCGGUAUUCUGAAGAUGGUUUUCAGACUCACUGACUGCGACAGGAGCGCCAUCCACACUCUUCUUCAGUUCUACGACCCGGGGCUGAGGUGCUUUGUAUUUCCGGACUAUCUGUUGGGACCUCUGAUGGAGGAUUAUGUCAGCAUCCUGGGUAUUCAGAUCCGUGAUCAGAUUCCUUUUCAUGUCACCAGAGCAGAGCCAGAUGUCCUUGGAAUUUCACGUGCUCUUUAUUUGAGUCCGGAAAUGGUCAAGGAAGGUUUGAAGGAAAAAGGAAAGCUACCCGGGUUUCAUUUGAGUUUCUUGGAGGCCAAUGCCAAGGAACAUGCUGCUGUGGGUAACUGGAAGACGGUUUGUGCUCUGAUUGCUGUGAGCAUUUAUGGGAUUGUUCUGUUUCCUAACCAGAAGAAUUUCGUGGACCGUAAUGCUAUCAGGUUGUUUAUGCAGAGAAACCCUAUUCCUACCCUGAUUGGAGAUGUAUACUACUCAGUGCAUAACAGGAAUGAGAAGAGGCGUGGUGGUCUGGUCAGAUGCUGCUCUCAGCUACUCUUUAGGUGGUUCAUGGGAUAUUUGCCUUCCCGAGGUGCCUUUGUUCAGAUUGAUCCUAGUGUGAAGUGGUCCUUUCGAUUGAUGGGUCUGCGGGCUGAUGACAUUGCUUGGACUCAUAAUGGUUUAGCUGGUCGGGACUUCAUCUGCAGUUGCGGGAGUUUACCUAAUGUGCCUUUAGUGGGAGUUCAGGGUUGCAUUAAUUACAACCCGAUGCUUCUCCGGAGACAGAUGGGGUUUGCUAUAGAGGGUCCUCCUCUCGGGCGAGAGAUUCAGGAGUCCUUCUAUUUCCCGAUUGAUGGUAACCAGACCAAGUUGAGGCAGGUAUUGGACGAAUGGCGAGAUAUCCAGAGGAGGGGUAAGGUUCCUUACGGCAAAGUCAACUGCCGGUAUUUUCCACUAUUUGAGGAUUGGUUGCGGAAGAGGAUUGAGUCUACAUUUCUACCGUUCCCUGGAGGUGACUCAGUGUGUCCUAGGAUUGAGGGUCCAAGUUCUUCUGUCAGCAUGGAGGAGUUCCUUGAGAUGAAGAGGGCCAGAGAUCAGUUACUUGCAGAGAAAGCGGAGUUGGAGAGAAGUGUUGCUCAUUUUCAGGCAGCUAAUCAGGAAAUCAAAGUGAAGAUGGAAGAUCAAGACAAGCGACAUGCUUUGGAGGCCAAACGCUUCGAGAUGGAUACAGCCUACUAUGGGAAGAUCAGCCAAGCUUUAGCAUCGUCCAACAGGGAACAUGACAUCACAAAGGAGAAGCUGUUCAGAGCAUCAAAAGUCAUCGAAGAUGAGAAGAGAAGGCAAAUCAUAGUGAAGGAUCAGAGAGAUGACAGAGUCAGGGGUCUCAUUGCUGAGUGGGAGGCAAAGCUGCAAGUCAAGGAGUCAGAGAAGCUAAAGAUCAUUGCAGAGAGAGAUCACUAUAUGGCUGAGAGAGACCACUACUUCAGGCAGAUGAAGAUUCAUCAGAAGGAAGUUGGAAGACUACAGCAGGAGAAUACCGAGCUCAGGUUCGCCGCAGAGUUCGCGAGGAUGGAAGAUGAGAUAGGGCCAUCUGUGGGACCCUCAUCUAGCUAGAUCCUUCAUUUGUGUUGAAUUACCGUCAGGCUUGUUGACGGAAUUCACUUUGUCUGUAUUUCUUUUCUAUUCUGGAGGAUUGUAUUUGAUAUUUGAUCUGAUGUAUGACUAUUGCACCGAUUGUGCACUUUUUGGUUAUGUAAUGAUGGUUUCUAUUCA